AUGGGUUUCGAGCCGCAUCGUCACAAGGGCAUUUUCGUUGCCCGCGGUGGCAAGGAGGACCUGCUGGCCACGGCAAACAUUGCCCCUGGCAUCUCUGUCUACGGCGAGAAGCGCAUCACGGUCGAGAACUCGGUCAAGAACGAGGACGGUACGCCAGCAGGGAAGAUUGAGUACCGCGUCUGGAACCCUUUCCGUUCCAAGAUCGCUGCCGGUAUCCUCGGUGGUGUCGACAACAUCUUCAUGAAGCCCGGCUCCAAGGUUCUCUACCUCGGUGCUGCCUCUGGUACGUCGGUGUCGCACGUUGCCGACCUGGUUGGCCCUACCGGAACCGUCUACGCGGUCGAGUUCAGCCAUCGUUCGGGUCGCGACCUGAUCAACAUGGCCUCGAAGCGGCCCAAUGUCAUCCCCAUCGUGGAAGAUGCCCGUCACCCGCUCAAGUACCGUUUCAUCGUCCGUACUGUCGACUGCAUCUUUAGCGACGUCGCCCAGCCCGAUCAGGCCCGUAUUGUGGCCCUCAACGCGAGCAUGUUUCUGCGGCGAGGCGGUGGCCUGCUUCUGAGCAUCAAGGCCAACUGUAUCGACUCGACCGCCCCGCCCGAGACCGUGUUCGCCAGCGAGGUGCAGAAGUUGAAGGAGGACCGCUUCUUCCCCAAGGAGCAGCUGACGCUGGAGCCGUACGAGCGUGACCACGCGCUCGUCGCGGCUGUGUACCUGCAGAAGGAGUUUGAGGGUUGA